AUGGCGGCAUGGCGGCCGGCGCGAUUUGCACGCGGCCAUGGGUGGCGGCGUGGUGCAAGCGCUGCUCGAGGUGGAGGACGGGCAGCGGACGGCGGCGCAUCGGCGUGGAGCUGUUCGAUGGAAUGCCCAUUAGGUAAGCAAGCAGGAACCGGGGCGUCGUCGGUGUGGGGCCCGAGCCAGGCGCUGGUGUCGCUGGUCGGCCUUGGCCUCGCCGCCUCCAUCGUCGUCCCGCAGCUCUACUGUUACGCCACGGAGGCGCUCAAGGCGGCGGUCGUGUGCCCCGCAGGCGACUACAAAUGCGACGCGCGCAUGCUCCUCGACCUCCCGGAAGAUUGUGCUAAACACUUCAAAGGGGUCAAGAGUCGCGCAUCUGGUGAACAGACAGAAAAAAGUUUCAGAGUUGCUUGUAGAAGAACUAAAGCAGGAGAAGAGGAGGCAACACAAGCCCAGCAAGAGGCUGAUGUUAAGUUGCUCGAGGCCCAGAAAUUAGCUUCACAGUAUCAGAAGGAGGCUGACAAAUGCAGCUUAGGCAACACCUGUGAAGAAGCUAGAGAGAAGUCAGCUGUAGCAUUGGUCCAACAGAAGAAACUGACUUCUUUGUGA